UUGUUUUAUGUUGCAUUCUGGAUUGGAGACCUCUGACGCGCGCACUUUUCAAGAGCUUCUAGCGUGGGGACCGCACUAUUAGAUGGAAUCGUCUGGUGGAGGUCGCGGUGGUUUUCGUGGUUCGUUUGGAGCUAGAGGAAGGGGACGUGGACGAGGGCGUGGUCGUGGACGAGGUCGUGGUCGUGGAGUUGCAACAAAAGAAUGGAAGCCUGUUACCCAGUUGGGACGUCUGGUAUUCGACAGGAAAAUCACUACAUUAGAAGAAAUUUACAUGUUCAGUCUCCCAAUUAAGGAGUGUGAAAUUGUAGAUACCAUAUUGGGUUCAAGUUUAAAAGAUGAAGUCCUCAAAAUCAUGCCAGUUCAAAAGCAGACCUGUGCUGGUCAGAGAACCCGUUUUAAAGCAAUUGUUGCAAUGGGGGACCAUAACUGUCACGUUGGGCUAGGAGUUAAAUGUGCUAAGGAGGUCGCUACAGCUAUUAGAGGUGCUAUUAUUCAGGCAAAGUUGUCAAUAAUUCCUGUAAGGAAAGGAUACUGGGGUAAUCAGAUUGGAAAACCACACACUGUUCCAUGUAAAGUGACUGGAAAAUGUGGUUCUGUGUCAGUACGUUUGAUCCCAGCUCCUCGUGGGACAGGUAUUGUUGGUGCUCCAGUUCCCAAAAAACUCCUUCAAAUGGCUGGUAUCGAUGAUGUGUACACAAGUGCUCGGGGUCAGACCUCAACCUUGGGAAAUUUCGCUAAAGCAACGUACGCAGCCAUACGAGCUACCUAUGAGUAUCUAACACCUGAUUUGUGGGACGUGGUUCCAAAAACAAAACACAUAUUUGUUGAAUAUGCUGGAUAUCUUAACAAAAUUGCUAAAGAAGUUUGAAUGAUAAUAUAUGUUGGUGGAUAUUAAUUUGUUCUGUUAAUGUAAGUUUGCAGUGGUAUAACAGUUUUCUGCAUAAAUUUAUUUCGCGAGUCCACUCAAGAAAGCUUUCCGUAAGAUAUAUACAAAACGGGUUCUUAAACGAAAAACGACUGACAUUUAAUUAAUAAAACUAACGUGUACAUAAUAUGUCUUCCCACGAAAAUUAAAAAUUUAACCAAUGUUUCGUGACUUGCGUAGAUUGUAUUAAGUAUUUGAUACAGUGCUACAAAGUUUGUCUGACAAUCUGAUUCCAGGUCCUGUUCACUCUCAAUAUUGGUGCUUUAAGGUACGUGUGUGCUCCACUUUUAGCUCGGUAUGGGAAUUUGAACUUUGGACACCAUAGGAAAAAGUUUUGUGCUCAGUUGGUAGUUUUUAAAAGAGGAAUUACUGACUCAUUCAUGUUUUCAGGCGU